AUGUCUGGCUCCGUUCUGCUGCGCUUCCUGGACACCCCCAUCGCCCGGAAAGCCUUCAAUGUCGUGCAACACUUCAAGGACGAGUUGGAUGCUGAGGAGCAGUUUGCCCUCCUCCGGCUCCACUCCUGGCUGGCCCGGAGUGAGGGCGGCAACGGCGAGAUGGUGUGGCUGGAUGAUGAACAGAGGGCCUACCUGAGGUCGUUCACGUACAAGCAUGUGCCCGCAGCAGGCCCCCAGAAGCCCGUGCUGCAGUCGCCGCCCCCCCGCCCAUGCGGCGCGGUGACCCCGCGCCGCCUGACCCUGCAGGAGAUGCUGGACCGCAUGGAGGACUGGGAGCGCUUCGACGUGUUCGUGCUGGAGAAGCUGACCGGCGGCGAGCCCCUGCACGCGGUGUGCAUGGAGCUGCUGCGCCGCCGCGGCGUGCUGGAGGCGCUGCCCAUCCCCGAGGACCGGCUGAGCAGUUUCCUGCGCGCCGCGGAGCGCGCGUACUGCCCCAAUCCCUACCACAACUCCACGCACGCGGCGGACGUGACCCAGGCCCUGGGCGCCAUGCUGGCCAUGGACGCCUACGGCGCGGCGCUGACGCCGCUGGAGCAGCUGGCGCUGCUGAUCGCCGGCGCGGUGCACGACCUGGGGCACCCGGGCGUGCAGAACGCCUUCCUGGUGCGCACCGAGGCAGACUGCGCCAAGCAGUGCGGCGGCAAGUCGGUGAACGAGUCGAUGCACGUCGCGCUGGCUUUCGAGCUGCUGCGCCGCCCCGAGAACGACUUCAUCUGCCGGCUGCCGCCUGAGGACCGCGCCGAGUUCCUGCGCCUGGUGGAGGCCAUGGUGCUGUGCACCGACAUGGCCUACCACGCGGCCGCGCUGGACGACUUUGCCGACACGCUGGCCGAGCUGGGGCCCGACCUGGUGGCCUGGCCGGGGGAGGCGCGGGUCAAGGCGCUGCAGAUGCUGCUGCACACCGCCGACAUCUCCAACCCCGCGCGUCCGCUGCACCACUGCAUGGUGUGGGGGCGCAAGAUCCACGACGAGAUGUACAAGCAGGGCGACCUGGAGCGCGCGCUGGGGCUGGAGGUCACCGCCGUCUGCGACCGUGCCUCCGCGCCCGUGGCCUGCGGCCAGCUCAAGUUCAUCAACAUCUUCCUCACCCCCUGCCUCAAGCUGGUGGAGGGGCUGGCGCCCAACUUCGUGGCCGCAGCCAUGCCCCACAUCGAGGGUGCCGCGGCCUACUGGCGCUCCCAGAUCGGAGAGGGCGGCGAGGAGGCCACGGUCUGCGCGCCCGCCUGCGCCACCUUCCCGGGGUCGGCCGCGCUGGGGUCGCAUGAGAUUCCCGACCCCAAGCCCGCCAAGGGGGCCUGA